AAAUAUACAAAAAGUAAGGACCCACUUCCAGUAAAUGCCAUUACUUCACUUUGAAGGCCAAACAACCCACUCCCAACAGAACCCAGAUCGCCAGAUUUUUGGUUUGUUUGCCCAAAAACAAGUUCUUUCCUUUUCCUCUCUUCCCGUUUGAAAUGUAAAUCCAACCCUCCUUUAACAAAAUUUCCGUCUCCCUCUUUCUAUCGCCGAUGAAAGACGAUCUCGGUAGUGGACAUUUUUAGCUGCUUGUUUCGGUCGACAUGGGAAAUUGUGUUAUUGUUCGUAGAGACCAAAAAUCUUGUUCUAAUUUCAAGUGGUCGGUCGGUUCUGAGACGGUCGUCAAUGUUGAUCUUCCAACUGACUCCAAUAAAGCCAACGUUUGGGAAAAGGAGAUCGUCGGGAGGCUUUGUUCCAGUCCUCUCUCUUCACAUCUAGCCUCUUCUCCACAAUUCAGUAAAGGCGAUGAAAUGUUCUUCGAUUCACAGGCUUGGUUGGAUUCCGAUAACGAUGAUUUCUUCAGCGUUAAUGGAGAUAAUACACCGUCGUGCGGCAGCACUCCAGUAUGGCGUCCCAAUGCCGUAGAAGCACCGCCGGCUGAUCCCUUACCGCCCAAAGAAACAAAGAAACUGCUAUUCGAGCUGUUUCAGGAAAGCUUCAACAGAGAUCAUGGAAGAUCAAUUGCAAAUACAACAAGUAAUCGUCACAAUAUUGAGGUCGUAAUUAUGGAGGCCAAUAAUAAGAAGCCAAUUUCUAGAUCGGUGAAUGAAAAAUCGGCGCAGUCAACGACGCCGUGGUGUAUUCCGGUUCCAAAAUUGGCGCGGAGCCUCAGCCUUGGCGACAAAAAGAAGAGGCUGCUCAGCCCUUGCCACGGCGGUGGACGAGUGCACCAAUGAGCCCAAGCCCAUUGUUUUCCAUGUAUGAAUCUGUAUGUAAAUUUCUAAAUUGUGAAUGCUUUUGAACUUCAUAAAAUUUGCUUCAAUAAUAUUUAUCUCUAUCUUGGCGUUUU